AUGCGGCUCGGCCUGACGCCUCUGUCGCCGCGUAUGGGCGCUCAGACGUCUGCAGCACGUCGGUCUCCUCUGUCUCCUCUUCCGUCGUCCCGCGCGUCUGCGUUCAGCCCCAUCGACGUGGACGGCGACUCCACAGACGACGCCGAGCCGUCCUCCAACAAUAGACCAUCACUCUCGACGCCAUCGGCCCCAACCACCCACUACGAGAGCAGCGACGAGAGCGAGCACAAGCAGAGCGAGCACAAGGACGACGCCGAGCGCAGCAGCAGCAGCGUGGAGGGGGGUGAGAAGCGCGAGAAGGGGACGGAGAAGAAGCAGCUGCUCAACUUCUUCUUCCAGUACGAAGACCGCACGCCCAAGAAGCGACGCAGAGAUGCGCAGCACAGUGGCAGCAGCGCACAGAGCUCACCGGCCAAGGACGAGCUGCACGAGGUCAUUUGCGCCCCGCGCACCAACAUCUGCGGGGAGAAGUACGACCGCAGCGAUAUCGAGUUCCUGGACGAUCGCGUGGAGCUCACGAUCUGGCGGGCGGACAUAAGGAAGUGGCAGGGAGAGAUCCAGUACGCGCACUUGGGGCGCUUCUGUUUCUCGAGAGUGGAUCGACCGCCGUACAUUUUAUUGCUGGAGUUGGAUGGAGCGAAGGGUCGGUCGACGUUUGCAGAUUUCUAUGACUCGGUAUUCGCAAGGGUUUGUUCCCAGGGGAACGAUAAAGAAUUCAUGACGCAGAAAGUGUUCGGAGUCGUGUUUUACUUUGACGAGGAAAUGGACGUGAUGCGCUGCCAAAGUAUGGGGGACAGCAAUCCUAGGCUGGCGCGGCUAUUUAGUGAAAAACUAUCAGAUAGCGAGGUGCAAGAGUAUUCGAAGUGGGAUGCACUGCGCAAAUUACGGAUUCCGCGGCGCGGUGAAUCAAAGAGCAGCGCAGGUUCCAGUACCGGGAGGCGUAUUGCGUCUAUUACCAGACACGCCAUUGGUAGUGUUAAAAUGUUUUUCACUCCACGGACUUCCGUCUUGGAAGGAGACAGUGUCAUCGAAGGGAACACCAGGGGAAGGACAUCACGUGAAAGCAAUGGAGUGUCACGUGGCGAUUCUGGUGAGGCAAAAGCGCCGAUCCAGAUUGAUAUCAACAGUGAAAACCAUGAUCGUGGUUCGGGGCCAAAGCAUGAUUCGAGCACUGUGGUGAUUAUUCAAAAUUCGGAAAACAAACCUCCUGUAGCGGAUGCUUCGCUGGUGCAGGAGGAAAAAGUACGCGAGAAAGUGGAGAGCAGGAAGAGGGCAGCGGCAGCGGCUCGACGUGAAGAUGAGAAAUUGAAGCGGCAGAAAAUUGAGAGUCGCCGCAAUGAAGUCCUGCUCACGUAUCCGUAUGAUGGCUCGGAUAUGGCCGGUCGAAUCUGUGUCACUCUUGGCGAUGUUGACCGCCUUGUCCCCGGGGAGUUUCUGAACGACAAUAUCAUUGACUUCUAUCUCAGAUUUCUCUGGCGGCAUUUAGCACCGUGGCAACAGCAGCAAACGUACUUCUUCACGUCGCACUUCUUCACACAGCUGAAUGGCACAAAUGGCGCCCAUGAGUUAACCACUGCAGACCCAGAUGAGCGGUUUGCACGAGUUGCUCGAUGGACCCAAAAAGAGGCCAACCUCUUCGAGAAACGAUUCUUAUUUAUUCCUAUCAACGAUAGUUUCCACUGGAGCAUUGCAGUUUUUUGCAAUCCUGGCUCCGCUAUUAUCAAGAAGCACAGAAAGGUGAGACGCCGUCACCGAGCAAUCGCUGAUGGCAGCAGUGACGGCAAAGUUGAGGUGGUGGAUUUGGUCGAUGGCGACGAAAGUUCUAAAACGGCAAAUGGUGGUGGCGAUAUUGAUGAAGAAGAGAUCGAAGAAGAGGAAUUGCAGUCAUGCCAAGAAGAUCGGCUGGCGAACCCCCCUUGCCUCUUGUUUCUGGACUCACUUCGCUGUCACCGGAAGAAAAAAUUUACCAGAAUGCUACGCAAUUAUUUGGAAUGUGAAUGGAAAGCACGCUUCGCCUCGAGCGCAGUUGUCAGUGUGCCAAAGGAGAAGACUACUGAUGAUGCAAGUGCGGUGGAGGAGGAAGAGACGAUUGUAACAUCGUUCGACACGGAAGGUAUCGGUCUUCUUGAACCAAAUAUCCCGUUACAGAGUAACAGCUCAGAUUGUGGGGUAUUCCUUCUCAUGUAUGCUGCAUUGAUCGUGCGGUCGUUCCCUGCUGGCGUGACUCGUGAAGACCUGGAAAGCAAUCUGACGUCGACACUGACACCUACAGUGUUCAAGGACGAACAUGUGCUGGAAUUUCGUGAAUAUCUUCAGCAGCUUCUCUUCUCGCUGCAAUUUCUCGAGCGGCAUGGAUUGCCGGAGGAAAAGGUGAAGGAUGAGGAACUCGAAGUCUUCACAAUUGACUAA